GGGGGGAUGCAGCAGCAGCCGGGGCCCCCUGAGCCGGCCGGCCGCGCCGCCGAGUGAGGCGGGACCGCGGCGGGAGCGGCGGGGAGCGGCGCUGGAGGGCCGGCUUUCGACAUACCCUGAAGGUGUUUCAUUUCUGUCAGCUACAGUCAGAAUCCUUCCUGGAAACAUUUGCAUUGCUGGAACGCAAAAGCUGAUUGGAAAAGUGAUCAGCAUCUGUAGCAGUAGUACUGAUGUUGCAGGAAGCAACGACUUUAUAUGGCUCAAGUCUGACAACAUGCACCACCAGUGGCUGCUGCUAGCUGCAUGCUUUUGGGUGAUAUUCAUGUUCAUGGUUGCUAGCAAGUUUAUCACACUGACUUUUAAAGACCCAGAUGGCUACGGUGCCAAGCAAGAGCCAUUGAUACUGACAGCUGUGACAAAAGUGGAGGAGGUACAUGUGCCAGAGCAAAAACAUUGGCCUGAAGAAUUCCAGCCAACUGGAAAAGCUUUUUCUGGAAAUCUGAUCCGCCAACCCCUGGUUCAUAUGGAAAGACUUGAGCUUCUCAGGAAUGUCUGCAGAGACACUGCAUUGAGAAAUCUCUCUCACACUGCAGUUUCCAAAUUCGUCUUGGACCGAAUAUUUGUGUGUGACAAGCACAAGAUCCUGUUUUGUCAGACGCCAAAAGUGGGCAACACUCAGUGGAAAAAAGUCUUGAUCGUUUUAAAUGGGGCAUUUUCUUCCAUAGAAGAGAUCCCAGAAAAUAUUGUACAUGAUCACGAGAAGAAUGGCCUUCCACGCUUGUCCUCCUUCAGUGACUCUGAAAUUAAAAAACGACUGAAUUUAUACUUCAAAUUUUUUAUUGUUAGAGACCCAUUUGAAAGACUUAUUUCUGCAUUUAAAGACAAGUUUGUGCACAAUCCUCGGUUUGAACCUUGGUACCGGCAUGAAAUUGCGCCUGGCAUCAUUCGUAAAUAUAGAAAGAAUCGCACAGAGACCAAAGGGCUGCAGUUUGAGGAUUUUGUCCGCUAUCUGGGCGACCCUAAUCACCGGUGGUUGGAUGUUCAGUUUGGUGAUCACAUAAUUCACUGGGUAACGUAUGUGGAACUCUGCGCCCCCUGUGAAAUCACAUAUAGUGUGAUCGGACACCAUGAAACCCUGGAGGAUGAUGCUCCGUAUAUCUUGAAAGCAGCCGGCAUAGACCAUCUGGUGUCAUACCCCACUAUUCCACCAGGCAUAACAGUGUACAACAGAACAAAAGUAGAGCGGUAUUUUUCGGGAAUUAGCAAGAGAGACAUAAGACGCCUCUACACGCGUUUUGAAGGCGAUUUUAAACUCUUUGGUUAUCGGGAGCCAGAUUUCUUGCUUAACUGACACCUAGGAUAAGCUCUGAAGAAGUGUCUCAUGGGUUAAUCUAAACCUGCUUGAAUACCAGCUGCAACACUGAAAGAGCUGAGAAUGACCAUUUGUUUUCUAGCUUUUUGAUGUUGCUCCAUUUUUCAGUGAAAUGUUUGUCACAUGAACAAGUAGGGGCUUAUAGUUGUUGUUUACUGACCAAGUUUUCAAUAUGUGACAUUGCAAUCUGUUAGGAAUGAAGUCGCUGUUAUCUGAAAUACAGAAUUCCACUUCUCACCUCUUCCCUCCAGGAAAACAGAGGGAGGACGAACGGGCUGUGAUCUUCCCCUCCCUCUCCCAUACAGAAUGCCAUUUUUAAAGUGUUGUGAAGUAUUUAUAAAGAUGGCAAGUUCACUGUAGGUUAACUCUGGCGUGUGGGUGAACUUCAUGAUUCAUGUUCAUGAGAAAGGCAUCUAGUCUCUUAUGGGCUUUGAAAAUGAGAGGCCAGUACAGGACUAAAAACUGAUUAAAUGCUUGAAAAGUAAAAUCAUCUAGGCUGCUAUAACAACAGUAAUGCUGACCUAAUCCCAUUUUUGUUUGUCACAAAGUGAACCUAAUUAGACAGAAACUUUAGGGGUGUUAAUAAAGGGACUGGUUCCAGAGUCCAGUUAUCUUUGUAUUUUUGUCAGGUGUUUACUAGACUUUCUACUGGUCUACUGAGCCUCAAAAUUCUACUUUUGAUUUUCAAAAUACUGUUUAACUCCUGGUUAUAUAUGUUAUCUGUGAACACCAGAUGCAAAUGGAGCAUAGAAGAAAUAUGAAACUGCUAGGGAAACUUUAAGGAAAAUUAAUUUAAAAUAAAAUAUUAAUUGUAUUUGUGGGAGCAUAUAUAGAAGUCACAAGAAGCUCUCUAAAUAUCACACAGUUUAACUUGUUUUGUCUUCUAACAGUUAAGAUUAAUAAAGAAGCCACAGAAGUGAGAUGUCAUACAAAAGAGCUGCUAGAGUUACUUGGAUUAACGCUCUACCUUUUUCUUCUACCCAGCCUUGCUCAAAGAACAGGAAAUUUACCCCCCUCUGAAAAUUCAUCACCCCGCUGCUAAGGGAGACAGAGUAAAUCCCGGAUUUUUCUAGUGAUUCACUGCCAUGAUGUCCAGACUCAAAAAUGCCCAGCAUUUGUGUUACCAUUGGGGCGAGUUGGCAAUAUGCCAGGAGUGUGAAUGUCACUUUAAAUUUGUGUACUCAUUUUAUACAUUAAAAGAACAAAUAACUGAGUGGGUGCAGCCAUCAUAUUUGCUGCUACUUGCAUUGUAUCUCGUAAAGAGCAGUCUCCUGUUUGAGUUCACCAGCAAUAAAAAUCAGUGUGCUGCAGGCCAUGGGAGAGAAAAGAGACCAUGUAUCUGCAAUACAGGAAUUCCUCUGUCACAGUGAGCAUGUGAAGUGUAUUUUUUAAAUCUUAGUCCCAAAAGAUUAAUUUUCAGAACAGCAUAAUGUUGCUGGCUAGAAAAGCUGGUGAUGGCCAGUGCUAUGGAAUCUGCUCUUAAAUCCAGCCACAGUAUGUUUUUAAUAGCUUCCCGUAUCAACACAGGGAAGCAUCUUGCACUUGGGGAAAAGGAAAGCUGUGCCAAGCUGACAUGUACUGCCACCCACAAAAAGGAAGCCCUAUUGUAGAUGGAAGUGGUUUCAGAGAGAUCUCAACAGACUAACUGAAAUAAGGGAGAAUCAUUAACUGGGCAUCGUUAGCAAGAGAGUAGUCUGAGGUGGCAAAGCUGAAAGGUGGGAUUUUUCAGUUGUUUUUUUGUUUUUUUUUUUUUUAAAGCAACAAUUACAGUGCCCUAACUUGUUAGUUCUUAACCAAUGAUAAAAAGAUGUUAACAGCUCCAGGUUUUUCUGUGGUUUUCUUAAUAUGGGAACUUAGCAAAAUGUACUAUUAAAUGCAUUUUGGAGCUAAUGAGCUGAUUGAUUACCUCUGCCGAUUUAAAAUGUAACAGUGUGAAUAAUGUAUAGUGGAUUCAGGCCUUAAAGUUUAAUUCUAAUAAAGAUAAAGUAGAACUGUUUUCCUCUGAAAGCAUUAGCUACUGAUCACACAAAAUGCCAAUGUAUGUUUUUAUUUUUAUUAGUAAAUUAGUUAAUGUAUUGAUUGCUUAAAAAUUGCCAGGUGGAAAGCGCUAUGUAAAUAUUAAUAAUAUUUUUUUCUAAUAGUUUUCUCUGCAUUGAGUUCUCUUGGGCAUCUGACAGCAAAUGUGGACAAGAGCUAUGGACUGACAGAGGCAGAGGUGUCUACUUCUCUCCCAGCUCCAUGCUCCCACUCUUUUCAGGCUGGAACUGGAACACUUGUUGCCAUUUCUUCAAUUCAAACACAAAAUUUCUGCUUUCAGUGGUACCCUCCUGAGUUAUAUUUUCUUUCUAGAAGCGUGUUUUUAUUCCUCACAUGGCUGAAGUAAAGAUGAUGCGAUUUUGGCAUGACUCUUGCAGAAACUUGGAUAACAUGAAAGCCCUUGGUGAGAAUUCAUGUCUCAUUUGUUGUACUGGAGAGAUGGGGUGUCCUGGCUUCAGCAGCGUCUUGAAGAAGAGUAAGAUGCCUGUGGUUCUGCUUUGUUAUCUCUUGCAGAAGGUAGAAGGACUCUCAUUUAAAAGCUGAAGAAAUGCAGGCUGGGUGAAGGAAUGGGAAGAUGGAUUAGAAGUUGGCUGAACUGCUGGACUUAAAGUUACAUCUGUUGAAACUUGGGAUGCUUCGGUUCACUACAGCCAGAAGAUUAGAUGUGAUGUCUGUUCUGGCAUAGAUGCCGGUGGAGGAUCCUGCACCUUACUAUAACAGUCAUUACAGAUUUGUUUGCAAAACCCCUUCCCACUCCAUGGGCAAAGUGAUGCCAGGUAUCCUGAGGCAGAUGGAGACCAGUGCCCAACAAGAGGACACCCCACUCCAACCCUGUGCCUGCCAAAAGCUCUGAUCAGCAACAGAGAGAAACAGAGGUCUUGGUAUUUCUUCAGGCAUGCGAACCAGCACAAUGGAAAGUAUUGGCAAUACUCUGAAAAUCCAAGCUGAUGCUUACCAAAUGAGACUGAAAAAUUCCCUGACUCUGGGCUAGGAAAUAGCAAAGCAACUGAUGUGGACAGAGAACUUCUCCAGAUGAGCAAACCACGUCCACAGCUGCGUGUGCUGGGACGGCAGCCGCUGCCCAGCCCACCCGGUGCUACUGCUGGUGUUGCCCUCUCUGUAACCCUCUGAUGAGGAAAUAGGUGCUGUCAUGAAAAUUCGCAACUGGCCUGGGCUGACUUAGGAGAGAGGCUUUGACGCAACGUAGAGAAUUACAAGAGUAAAUAUUUACUCCUGUGCAUGAGGUGUCCCAGCUAAAUUGGGGCACCCUGAAUGGGGUUCUACACAGGGUUCUUACACCCUUCAAAUGUUCAGGUGCAAUAUGAUUUGACUAAUCACUAACAUCCAUGCUGCCAAUUACUAAUCAUAGUAAAACUUUGCAAAGCAACUGUUAUUUUUUGCCAUGUUCUUGCUGCUUGUCUAUUGGUCCAGACGUCCCUGUAGUCAUUCUUGCUAGAGUUACUUAUCUAGGAGGCCAGAUGACACUGGGAGUGUUUCAAAUACGUGUUAGAGGGGGUAGGAUGCUGGUGGUAUCUUUGUCACCCUGGAGUAUUCUUUAUCCUUCAUGGACAGCUCUAAGCUUCCAAGAAGAAAAGUCCCUAUUUCUAGGGCUGGGCUGUCCUUCAAUUUGUUUUACUUAAGUGCAAACAAUACCAGUCUUCAGUAAAAUUUCACUACCUCAUUACAUUGCAGUCUAUAAUGUGAACUAAUACAUAUAUUAACCAAGUUAAUGUACUUUCAUACUAUAAGGACUGACUGAUACAAUAGUUAAGGAAGGGGAUUUUCUUAACAGCGUUUAUCUCGGAGCGAAGAGCCACUCACUCCACGUGGCAUCUAGUGGAAGGGAAUCUAGUAGUACACUUUAAUUGUCUCCUUUUGCAUCAUAGGAUGUGCUAAUGAUUUGUUGGACAAUUAUUAAGCUGUUUAAUCUUCUAGUCAGCCCGUGCAGAAUGUAGUUAAGAAUAAUACCUUUUGUACAUGAUACAUGUAUGUCAUGCUGAAAAGACAAGAUCCUUCUCCCUGCCUAGGACGUUACAAGGAAGCAUUAAAAUCUCCAGAAAUAGUCCUAGCUCCUGCAAUUCACAACAGCUGGAUUAAUGUAUUACACGUCUUCUGGGGGAAAAAAUAGUCUUUGUUAUAUUUAACAUAAAUAGAUUUUAGCUAGCACAUUUUUCAUCACUGGAACUACCCAGAAACUUUCUAAUAAAAACUAUACUUCUGAAAAAAAAACCCUGCCAUUUCAUCUGGGGCAAGUUCAUUAAGCUGACAAAGACUUUAGUAGUAAUAAUCAUACAGUGACCUUUUCUUUUGGAAUCAUGAAAGCUUGUAGUAAAUGAGGCAGUGAUUAGGGAAGGAGAACAGCAGUUGAGUGCUGGGUGGAAGGACUAUGUUCUGUGCUCUGCCGUGGGUUUUCUUUGUGACAAAGUGUAAUGCUUUUACAUCAUGCCUCGGGAGGGGGAUCGCUAACUGUGUAGCUCUCGCUUGCAGAGUGCUCAAGCUGAGGCCCAAACUCAGACCAAUGUCUCAGCACCUUCAUCCAGUUGCAGCUCAACCAAGGGAAGCUGUACUUCUGAAAUAAUCUGUUUAUCUGAAAAAUCAUGCUCUGAAUUUUCAUCUACUAACUCAAGUCCCUGAGUCAGUGGCUGCUCUGGACUUAAUUUACCUGUACCUCAACUUCCCAGCUGUUAAAGGGUAUACUAUUAGUCCUUUUGACUCAUGCACUUGUUGAAAAUGUAAACGUGUGCGUAUUUGUGAAAUAUUCCAAUGCUGUACCCUGAAUUCUAUAGAAAAGCACAUGAGGAAAUUUAUAAUUCUGCUACUGUAGCAAGGUAUGACUAAUACAAAUUAAAAGGUGCAGGGGACUGCACAGUGGCCAGGGAGAAUACAUUACUGUUUGGAUGCCUGAGUAUUUUCUUUCCUGUGUCAUGCAUUCUGUAGAGAAAACAGUAUGUAAUUAAUUAAAAUCACAUCAGGUUAAUGGAUGAAGGAGACAUUAAAUAAGCAUACAUAGCCUUAA